UCUUCCUUCGCUUCCUUCGUGGAAGUCUUCCUUCGCUUCCUUCGUGGAAGUCUUCCUUCGCUUCCUUCGUGGAAGUCUUCCUUCGCUUCCUUCGUGGAAGUCUUCCUUCGCUUCCUUCGUGGAAGUCUUCCUUCGCUUCCUUCGUGGAAGUCUUCCUUCGCUUCCUUCGUGGAAGUCUUCCUUCGCUUCCUUCGUGGAAGUCUCUCCUUCGCUUCCUACGUGGAAGUCUCCUUCGCUUCCUUCGUGGAAGUCAUUUCUUUGA